GAGAAGAAACAAAAAGGAGGAAAAGAAGAGAGAUAAAAAGGAAAAGAAAAGGAAGAAAAUGUUUUGUUUUUACAGCGGAGCUUGUCCGUGAUGAUUGGAGCUCGCGUCUUUUGUAUCACGACAGCACUACAAAGAUCAUCAAUCUUCUUCUUCCCCAAGAUCUCGACCCGACCCGUUUACAGAUUAUCACCCGCAACUAGACCCGUCGUCGCCAUGAGCACCACCACCAGCAUAAACCAAGAUGAACUUGAUUCCAUUUUCAAGCAGAAACGGGUCGUGCGCUCAACUCUGCGUAAAUCCCUAAAAGCCAUGGACCCUUCCCUCCGAAUCCAACAAGAUGAUGCCAUUCAAAACACUCUUCUUGAAGCUCCUUGGUUCAAAUCUUGUCGAAGACUGUGUGCUUACAUUAGCUGCAAGUCUCUCAAUGAAGUCGACACUUCUAAAAUCCUCUCUCAAAUUCUGCAACAUCCUGAUCCAAAUACAGUGGCACAGAAAAAGCUAUAUGUCCCUCGGGUGGAGGAUAAGAACAGUAACAUGUGUAUGCUCCACAUAUCUCAUAUGGAUGACCUAAUUGCAAAUUCGAUGAACAUUUUGGAGCCAGCUCCAGUUGAUGCCCAAGGGAACAAGCGUGAAGAUGUGAUGCAAGCAGAUGAACCGAUCGAUCUAUUUAUCUUGCCAGGGCUUGCGUUUGACAGAUGUGGACGACGUUUAGGUCGUGGGGGUGGCUACUACGACACUUUCUUGAAGAGAUACCAGGACCGGGCAAAGGAGAAGGAUUGGAGAAAUCCACUAAUGGUUGCAUUGUCUUACUCUCCUCAGAUUCUUGAGGACGGAGCUAUUCCUGUAACACCGAAUGAUGUUAUGAUCGAUGCCCUUGUGACACCCUCUGGUGUGGUUCCCAUUAGCCCUCGUGCUAUCGAGAGGUGCGACAUAACAUGUUUUUAGCUGUCUAUGAGAUCUUCUAUUUAUGCUUUGACUAUGUUGUAUUCUCUCUGUUCCUAGAAUGUGAGCUCAGGAGCUUGUGUUUGGAGGUGAAAGAGGACUUUUGCUAAAACAGCAUCUGCUUCAGAAUUGCCACAAAUCAUUUUUACGAAACAUAGUUCGAGUCUUGUUCUUGAUUGAUAAAAUAUGAAAAGAAGUGUAAUCCAAGGUUGUUGAUUUCGAAAAGAUCUCUCUAUUCCACAUCAAGUUUCCGU